CAAGGCUCCUCCCAGCGGCGCCAAUUACUGCGCUUUGGGGUCCUGCGGUGUCAAACCCGAGAACAAAUACAACAUGCUAUCCUCAGGACCGGGGAAUAAACAGAAGAGGGCACCGAGGGCAGCGUGCUGGGUUUCAGAGAAGGCUACGAAAACUGAUUCAUCAUGCGAAAUCUGAAGUUGCUUCGGACUCUGGAGUUGAGGGACAUUUAUGCACCAGGGAAACUUCAGUGCUUCUCUCUCCGAACUCAACAGGGGACAGUGCUCAUUGGCUCAGAACAUGGAAUACUAGAAGUAGAUAUUGCCGCAAGAGAAGUGAAAAAUGAAAUUUCUUUGGUGGCAAAAGGCUUUCUGCCAGAGGAUGGCAGCGGCUGCAUUGUCGGGAUUCAGGACCUGCUGGAUCAGGAGUCUGUGUGUGCAGCCACAGCCUCUGGAGAUGUCAUUCUCUGCAAUCUCAGCACACACCAGCUGGAAUGUGUUGGAUGUGUGGCCAAUGGUAUCUGCAUCAUGAGCUGGAGUCCUGACCAGGAGCUGGUGCUUCUUGCCACAGGUCGGCAGACCCUCAUUAUGAUGACAAGAGAUUUUGAGCCAAUCAUGGAGCAGCAGAUCCACCAGGGUGAUUUUGGUGAAAGCAAGUUCAUCACCAUUGGAUGGGGCAAGAAGGAGACACAGUUCCAUGGCUCGGAAGGCAGGCAAGCAGCCUUUCAGGUGCACAUGCCUGAAGCUGCUUUGCCCUGGGAUGACCAUAAGCCACGAAUUAGCUGGCGUGGAGAUGGACAGUUUUUUGCUGUGAGUGUUGUUUGCCCAGAAACAGGGGCUCGGAAGAUCAGAGUGUGGAACCGAGAGUUUGCAUUGCAGUCAACCAGUGAGCCUGUGGCGGGGCUGGGGCCCUCCCUGGCUUGGAAACCCUCAGGCAGUUUGAUUGCCUCCACCCAAGAUAAACCCAACCAGCAGGAUGUUGUGUUUUUUGAGAAAAAUGGACUGCUUCAUGGACACUUUACACUUCCUUUCCUCAAAGAUGAGGUGAAGGUGAAUGACUUGCUGUGGAAUGCAGACUCCUCUGUACUUGCUGUUUGGCUAGAAGACCUUCAGGAGGAGGACAGUUCCACUCUGAAAAGCUAUGUUCAGCUUUGGACCAUGGGAAACUAUCAUUGGUAUCUGAAACAAUGUCUGCCCUUCAGUUCCAGUGGAAAGAGCCAGAUUGUAUCUCUGCUGUGGGACCCAGUGAUGCCAUACCGGCUUCAUGUUCUCUGUCAGGGCUGGCAUUACUUGUGCUAUGACUGGGACUGGACCACUGACCGAAGCUCAGGAGAUAAUUGCAGUGACUUGGCAAACGUGGCUGUUAUUGAUGGAAACAGGCUGUUGGUGACAGUCUUCCGUCAGACUGUGAUCCCACCUCCCAUGUGUACCUACCGACUGCUCUUCCCACACCCGGUGAAUCAAGUCAUGUUCUUUGCACAACCAGAAAAGUGUAAUGACCUUGCUGUCCUAGAUGCCAGUAACCAGAUUUCUGUCUACAAGUGUGGUGAUAAUUCAAGUGUGGAUCCCACAGUGAAACUGGGAGCUGUGGGUGGAAAUGGAUUCAAAGUUCCCCUUAGAAUACCUCAUCUGCAGAAGAGAUACAAGUAUGUUCCUAAAAUUCCAUUUGACAAUAGUGAAGAUCAAGAAGUAAACCCACUGAAGUUCAGCCUUUUUACCUGGAUCGAAGAAGACAUUUUCCUGGCCAUAAGCCACAGCCAAUCUAGCCCACAGUCUGUCAUUUAUCAAUUGACUGUGGCCUCUUGUGAGAUCGAUGAGGAACAAGGACAACUCAGUGUCAGUUCAUCUGUGACAGUAGAUGGAGUCAUCAUUAACUCAUGUUGUAGCCCCAAGUCCAAAUCAUUGGCAUUACAGCUGGCUGAUGGCCAGAUACUUAAGUACCUUUGGGAGUCACCUCUGGCUGUUAAACCGUGGAAGAACCCUGAUGGAUUUCCUGUUCGAUUUCCUUACCUGUGCACACAGAUCGAAGUGGCCGUAAUUGGAGGAGAGGAAUGUGUCCUUGGUCUCACUGACAGAUGUCGCUUUUUCAUUAAUGACACUGAGGUUGCAUCAAAUAUCACUUCAUUUGCAGUAUAUGAUGAUUUUUUAUUGUUGACAACCCAUUCCCAUACCUGCCAGUGUUUUUCCUUGAAGGAUGCUUCAUUGAAAACAUUACAGGCGGGUCUGUGCAGCAGUCAGGUGGCUCAUGGAGAGGUUCUGCGGAAGGUUGAAAGGGGUUCACGGAUUGUUACAGUUGUGCCUCAGGAUGCCAAACUUAUAUUACAGAUGCCAAGGGGAAACUUGGAAGUUGUUCAUCAUCGAGCCUUGGUGUUAGCUCAGAUUCGCAAAUGGUUGGAUAAACUUAUGUUUAAGGAAGCAUUUGAAUGCAUGAGAAAACUGAGAAUUAAUCUCAACCUGAUUCAUGAUCAUAACCCUAAGGUGUUUCUUGAAAAUGUGGAAACCUUCAUAAAACAGAUAGAUUCUGUAAAUCACAUUAAUUUGUUUUUCACAGAACUGAAGGAAGAAGAUGUCACAAAGACCAUGUACCCUCCACCAGGUACUAACUGUGUCCAGCUUUCCAAGGAUUCUGAUGGGAAGAAACUUGACCUUAUAUGUGAUGCAAUGAGAGCCGCCAUGGAGAAGAUCAAUCCUCACAAGUACUGUCUGUCAAUACUCACAUCACACGUGAAGAAAACAACUCCAGAACUGGAAGUUGUGCUGCAGAAGGUACACGAACUUCAAGGAAAUGUUCCAUCUGCUCCCGAGGCUGUGACUGCAGAGGAGGCCUUGAAAUACCUGCUACUUUUGGUGGAUGUUAAUGAAUUAUAUGAUCAUUCUCUUGGGACCUAUGACUUUGAUUUAGUACUCAUGGUAGCUGAGAAGUCACAGAAGGAUCCCAAGGAAUAUCUUCCAUUUCUUAAUACACUUAAGAAAAUGGAAACUAAUUACCAGAAGUUCACUAUAGAUAAACACUUAAAACGAUAUGAAAAGGCCAUUGGCCAUCUCAGUAAAUGUGGACCUGAGUACUUCCCAGAAUGCUUAAAUUUGAUAAAAGAUAAAGGCUUAUAUAAGGAAGCUCUGAAGUUAUUUCUGCCAGGUUCACAGCAGUACCAGGCUGUCAGCAUUGCUUAUGGGGAGCACCUGAUGCAGGAGCACCUGCAUGAGGCAGCAGGGCUCGUGUUUGCCCGCUGUGGUGCCCACGAGAAGGCUCUGUCAGCUUUUCUGGCUUGUGGUAGCUGGCAGCAAGCCCUCUGUGUGGCUGCCCAGCUUUGUUUGACCAAAGACCAGCUGGCUGGCCUCGGUAGAACUCUGGCAGGAAAGCUGGUUGAGCAAAGGAAACACAGUGAAGCAGCCAUAGUUCUGGAACAGUAUGCCCAGGAUUAUGAAGAAGCCGUGCUCCUGCUGUUAGAAGGAGCUGCCUGGGAUGAAGCUCUGAGGCUGGUAUACAAAUAUAACAGAAUGGAUAUUAUAGAAACCAAUGUAAAGCCCUCCAUUUUAGAAGCUCAGAAAAAUUACAUGGCCUUUCUGGACUCUCAGACAGCCUCAUUCAUUCGCCAUAAAAACCGCUUGCUGGUAGUUCGAGAGCUUAAGGAGCAAGCGCAACAGGUGUAUCUGGAUGAUGUGUCCCACGGUCCAGACACAGACCUCUUCUCUGAAACCAGCAGUGUGAUGAGUGGCAGUGAGAUGAGUGGCAAAUAUUCCCACAGUAAUUCCAGGAUAUCAGCGAGAUCAUCUAAGAAUCGCCGCAAAGCGGAACGGAAGAAGCACAGCCUCAAAGAAGGGAGUCCCCUGGAGGACCUGGCCCUUCUGGAGGCCCUCAGUGAAGUGGUCCAGAGCACUGAAAGGAUGAAAGAUGAAGUACACAGUAUUUUAAAAGUACUCUUUCUCUUUGAGUUUGAUGAACAAGGAAAGGAAUUGCAGAAGGCUUUUGAGAAUUCCCUACAGUUGAUAGAAAGAGCAUAUCCAGAAAUUUGGACCCUCACCUGCCAACAGAGUUCAGCCACACCUGUUCUAGGUCCCAAUUCUACUGCAAAUAGUAUCACGGCCUCUUAUCAGCAGCAGAAGAUGGCAGCUCCACUUCUUGAUGCUGAGAUGUUUAUACCUCCAAAGAUCGACAGAAGAAGCCAGUGGAAACUGAGCCUGCUAGAGUGACUGACCUACUGAGAUGUUUCCAGACAGAAGAUCAUCAUUAUUCCUAGUUGCCACUCUAGCUCUUACUUCUUGAGGCUUGGCAGUGAGAACUGGGAAGUAUCAUGGCCUGCCUUAGCAUUGUCCCCAGCUCCUGUGAACACCAGACCUUGCAGACACCAAACAGUUGGGUUAUUAUUUUGUUUUGGGGUAUAGAUCAUAAUCCCCAGCAGAACCUAAGUUUUUGCAGUCAUAGGUCAGUUUUUUAAAGAACUGUUGUUCUUAGUGAGGCAUAGUGGCACAUACCCAUAAUCCCAGCACUCAGGAGGCCUAAAGUGGAGGUUGCUGUAAGUUUGAGGCCAGCCUGGACUAUGUAGUGAGUUCCAGGCCAGCUUAGGCUAUAAGAUACUAUCUCAAAAAGAGAAUUGCUGUAUUUGAUGCUAAUUGAAAGCAUCAUUACUUAUGGUAAUCAUGAGAUUGAGUCUCAUUCCAAGCUACAGAUCUGAUUUCUAUUGAGACCUUGGACAACUGUACCUGUUCUUUCAUGGAAUCUACCUCAAAAAGAAAAAAAAAAAAAAAAGGCAAGUAAUGUUUCUGAGUUAUAUGUUGCUAGUAGGGAGCAUCAUAUAUCAACAAGCUGUUAAUGCUACCAGCAUUAGUCAGAUGUAACCAUUUACCUGACAUCUUUUUACCUUAAACUAAAGCAGAAUACAAAAUGUACCAUCUUGCCAGGUCAUGCGUUUCCAGUUUUAACUGGGCAGAGUCCCAUCAUUGCACUAUUAUAGGCACCAUUUUAUUGUCCCGUACGUUCUACUAGAGUCAGCAGUGGUUGAGCUGGAGCACUUGAGAGCUGCCGAACAGGGCUGGCGCUUCAUUGGGGGAGCAGUGCCUGUUGAUGGCAUGCUUAGUUGUUUUCCAUGUACUGUUUUCUUUAAUUGAAAUGUUUCCUCGUUGUCUAGGUCAUCUUAUUUAGCUUUCUGCAUGGUAUUAACUGACCUCUUUCAAUUAGUUCCCAACAGAACUUUUAGGGUUUUUUUUUUUCCUUUGGAAGAAACGUAGUUUUUGUUUUGUUUUUGCAAGUCUAGAAAUUCCCCAAUUUAUUUUGACAAGAGUUUUGUAGGUAAGCCUUUAGUAUAGUUAAUGAUUCCUCCCGUACUUUUUUUUUUUUAAUUAUUUAUUGAGAGAGCGAUUGGGCAUGCCAGGCCCUUCAGCUACUGCAGAUGAACUCCAAACACAUGCACCACCUUGUGUAUCUGGCUUAUGUGGGU